AGAGAGAGAGAGAGAGAGGGAGGGAGACAUGCAGCUGCCCAGCGAGACUUUAAGUGAGGAGGGUUAGUGAAGUAGUCCUGCUUGGCAGCCUGUCGCCACGGUAGCACACAGACCCGGAUCGCUGUGGCAAACGUGUUGGCACGGAAACCACGCGGACUUGGAUCAGAAGGACCUCCCCCUGACUCGACCCGGACACAGAUGGCAUUCUGGGCUGGCCGUGCUUCCGCUUCUCUCACACUCAUCCUCGCAACAUCCCUUGUUCUUUUUCACCUUUCGUCGUCUCUCUAUUUAUGUCUCCACCGAGGAUGCUGUCACUCUGAUCUUCGCUACCGGCGUCCGCGGGUCUUCUAACACCUCUUCCCUCUGUCCCUGUGUGUGUGUGUGUUUCAUUCUAGUGCCCUUUAGACUGAAGCUGUCUGCCGUGCGGUGUGUUCUGAACUAAAAAAACACCUGUCAGUCCUGCAACCUGCUAAACAGAUGGACUGACAAAGAGACAAAGAGAAGAGAGAGAGAACGAGAGAGAACGAGAGAGAACGUGGUUCAGGAGCAGUAGCAUGUAGGCACCACACACUACACCCCACACACAGAGUGAGAGGCUGCUGGUGUUGUGUGGCAUUGCCGUGUUUAUGCCGUACAGCGUGGUGUGUCAUCAGGCGUAGUGGGCGUUCGAUGCCCUCGUCUGGGUUUAGUGAGCAGGACUCGACCGGACCGAGUGUGGCUUGGGUUCAGGGGGAACGUCGGGAGAUCCGCUGUGCCGUGUGCUGAUUGGCUGACUGGCCCCGGCCGUGUCCAGCCCCUUGGGGCCUCGUUCUGGUCUGGAGCCCCAUGUGGGCCCCGGCGGGCGAGACCAGGCUUGGAGAUGACGCCCUGCCCUCGGUGCUCAUAGCAGCCUGGUGGGCCCUCAUGGCUCAGGAAGUAUCCUGCAGAAGCCCCGCCUCCCCCGCGACGGCCCGCCGCCGCCCCGCCCCUGCUGCCUCCGCCCCGCCCCCGCCGUCCCGGCCCCACCUCCACGGCCUGCGGCAGGCCUGCUCUCCGGUAGGCUCCCCAGGUCGCCGGGCCUUCUGGACGCUGGCGCUGUGCGUGUCUCUCGGUCUGCUGCUGUCCUGGUCGUCCAACCGUGUCCUGCACUGGCUGGCGUUCCCCACGCACACGUGCGUGCACAUGGAGUGGGCGCGGCAGCUGGACUUCCCCACCGUCACCAUCUGUAACAACAACCCGGCACGUCUGCCUCGCCUCACCAAGAGCGACCUGUACUUCGCUGGACACUGGCUGGGCCUACUGGAGGCGGACCGCGCCGCGCGGCCCCUGGUUCUGGACCUUCUCCAGGACGAGCGUAGGGUCUGGUUCAGCAAGCUGGCCGACUUCAGUCUGUUCCUGCCGCCGCGCCGCUUCGAGGGCACCAGCCUGGAGCUCCUGGACCGUCUGGGACACCAGCUGGAUGACAUGCUCCUCGCGUGCAAGUACCGCGGAGAGCCGUGCGGAGCGCAUAACUUCUCCACCGUGUUCACACGCUAUGGGAAGUGUUACAUGUUCAAUGCUGAUGAGGAGGGGAAGAGUCUAAGGACAACCAUGAAAGGAGGAACAGGCAACGGACUGGAGAUCAUGUUAGACAUCCAGCAAGACGAGUACCUCCCUGUGUGGGGGGAGACAGAGGAGACAGCAUUUGAGGCUGGCGUCAGGGUGCAGAUCCACAGCCAGGCGGAGCCUCCCUUCGUGCAUGAGCUUGGGUUCGGCGUAGCGCCUGGCUUCCAGACCUUCGUAGCCACACAGGAGCAGAGGCUGACCUACUUGCCCCCUCCGUGGGGUGAGUGUGUGUCAGGGGCCCCAGACUCGGGCUUCUUCCAGGUGUACAGUGUGACGGCCUGCCGCAUUGACUGUGAGACGCGCUACAUCGUGGAGAACUGCAACUGUAGGAUGGUGUAUAUGCCAGGAGACUCUCCAUAUUGUACUCCUGAACAGUAUAAGGACUGUGCUGAGCCUGCCCUCGCUGCCCUCUCUGUGGCAGAGGGAAACAGCUGCGUGUGCAGAAACCCGUGCAACAUGACUCGCUACAACAAGGAGCUCUCCAUGGUCAGGAUUCCCAGCAAAACCUCGGCACGCUACCUGGAGAAGAAGUUCAACAGAUCAGAGAAGUACAUCACGGACAACAUCCUUGUCCUGGACGUCUUCUUUGAGGCCCUGAACUAUGAGACCAUCGAACAGAAGAAGGCGUAUGAGAUAGCAGGACUGUUAGGAGAUAUUGGUGGUCAGAUGGGUUUGUUCGUUGGUGCCAGCAUACUGACAAUCCUCGAGCUGUUUGACUACGUGUACGAGGUGAUGAAGGAGAGACUCCUGGAUCUUCUGAGGCGAGACGAGGAGGAGGGGAGUCAAAGAGAAGACGUGAGGGCCUGUGACACAGUGGUGAACCACUCUGAGACGAUAAGCCACACAACCAGUGUCCCCUUACAGACUGCCCUAGGGACACUGGAGGAGAUUGCUUGCUGAGUGCGCUGCCCCUCCGCACCACAGGGGGACGCCGCCGUAUCUGCCUCCCUUUACAUACUGGCAGGAGUGGCGUCUGGGACGAUGAAGAGAAAAAGUUGGGAAGGAAAAAAUAUUUCUGUAUUUCUGACCAUUAAAACACAGACGCUACAACAGACGGAGACAACUCCAGCUAUGAAGAAGAGCAGGAUGCAGAAUUCUUCACACACACACACACACACACACUCACAUACACAUACACUCACACACACACACACACACACGCGC